AGCGGGACCAGGGGGAGGGGCCCGGCCCAGAGCCAGCAGCUGGCGGCCCUCAGCCCUGUCGGCCGCCCGGAGGGCAAGGUAACGGCCUCCUCCCAGGGCUCGGGCCGCGACCUCGCCGGCUCCGCCCCGCCGACGCGCUUUCUCCCCGGACCCCGGCAGGAUUCCCAGCCUCCGGGGGCGCUCUGACCGCGGAUCCCCUCCGGGCCGCAUCCUCCGCUCCUCCUUGCCAGCGAAGUAUCCCCGUCCGCUAGCCCACGCUGGGAACAGCCCCAUCCCAGGGCUGUGUUCUGCCAAUGAUCCUGUGACUAUUAAGGAGUCACAGUUGCCCUUGGGGGCCCCUUGUCCUGGAGUGGUCACCUGCCUGCCCUCAGCAUGGCAUCCGACACGCCUGAAUCCCUGAUGACCCUGUGUACUGACUUCUGCUUGCGCAAUUUGGAUGGCACCCUGGGGUACCUACUGGACAAGGAGAGCCUACGGCUGCAUCCUGACGUCUUCUUACCCAGCGAGAUCUGUGACCAGCUGGUCAAUGAGUAUGUGGAGCUGGUCAGCGCUGCCUGUACCUUUGAGCCACAUGAGAGUUUCUUCAGCCUCUUCUCAGACCCCCGCAGCACACGCCUCACCCGGAUCCACCUCCGAGAGGACCUGGUGCAGGACCAGGACCUGGAGGCCAUUCGGAAGCAGGACCUGGUAGAGCUGUACCUGACCAACUGCGAGAAGCUGUCCGCCAAGAGCCUGCAGACACUGCGGAGCUUCAGCCACAGCCUGGUAUCCUUAAGCCUCUUCGGCUGUUCCAACAUUUUCUAUGAGGAGGAGAACCCAGGGGGCUGUGAGGACGAGUGCCUAGUCAACCCCACCUGCCAGGUAUUAGUCAAGGACUUCACCUUCGAGGGUUUCAGCCGCCUGCGCUUCCUCAACCUGGGCCGCAUGAUUGAUGGUGUCCCUGUGGAGUCACUGCUGCGGCCACUCAACUCACUGGCCGCCUUGGACCUCUCGGGCAUCCAGACAAGCGAUGCCACGUUCCUAAUGCAGUGGAAGGACAGUCUGAUGUCCCUUGUGCUCUACAACAUGGACCUUUCAGACGACCAUAUCCGGGUCAUCGUCCAGCUACACAAACUUCGCCACCUGGACAUUUCUCGAGACCGCCUCUCCAGCUACUACAAGUUCAAGCUGACUCGGAAGGUACUGAGCCUCUUGGUGCAGAAGCUGGGGAACCUGAUGUCACUGGACAUCUCAGGCCACAUGAUCCUGGAGAACUGCAGCAUCUCCAAGAUGGAUGAGGAGGCAGGCCAGAACAGCAUCGAGCCUUCCAAGAGCAGUAUCAUGCCCUUCCGGGCUCUGAAGAGGCCACUGCAGUUCCUUGGGCUCUUUGAGACGUCCCUGUGUCGCCUCACACACAUUCCAGCCUACAAAGUAAGUGGUGACAAAAAUGAAGAACAGGUGCUGAACGCCAUCGAGGCCUACACAGAACACCGGCCUGAGAUCACUUCCAGGGCCAUCAACCUGCUGUUUGACAUUGCACGCAUUGAACGCUGCAACCAGCUUCUGCGGGCCCUGAAGCUGGUCAUCACUGCCUUGAAGUGCCACAAGUAUGACAAGAACAUUCAAGUGACAGGCAGCGCCGCCCUCUUCUACUUGACCAACUCUGAGUACCGCUCAGAGCAGAGUGUCAGGCUGCGCCGACAGGUCAUCCAGGUGGUGCUGAAUGGCAUGGAGUCCUACCAGGAGGUGACGGUACAGCGGAACUGCUGCCUGACCCUCUGUAACUUCAGCAUCCCUGAGGAGCUAGAGUUCCAGUACCGGCGGGUCAACGAGCUCCUGCUCAGCAUCCUCAACCCCACCCGGCAGGAUGAGUCCAUCCAGCGCAUUGCUGUGCACCUGUGCAAUGCCCUCGUCUGCCAGGUGGACAAUGACCAUAAGGAGGCCGUGGGCAAGAUGGGCUUUGUCGUGACCAUGUUGAAGCUGAUCCAAAAGAAACUGCUGGAUAAGACGUGUGACCAGGUCAUGGAGUUCUCCUGGAGCGCCCUGUGGAACAUCACAGACGAGACACCUGACAACUGUGAGAUGUUCCUUAACUUCAAUGGCAUGAAGCUCUUUCUUGACUGCCUGAAGGAAUUCCCAGAGAAGCAGGAACUGCACCGGAAUAUGCUGGGACUGCUGGGGAAUGUGGCGGAGGUGAGGGAGUUGCGGCCUCAGCUGAUGACCUCCCAGUUCAUCAGCGUCUUCAGCAACCUGCUGGAGAGUAAGGCUGAUGGCAUCGAGGUUUCCUACAAUGCCUGUGGCGUCCUCUCCCACAUCAUGUUUGAUGGGCCUGAGGCCUGGGGUGUCUGUGAACCCCAGCGGGCAGAGGUAGAGGAGCGCAUGUGGGUGGCUAUCCAGAGCUGGGACAUCAACUCCCGAAGGAAUAUCAACUACAGGUGUGGGCGUGGACAGAGGUCCUUUGAGCCCAUCCUCCGCCUCCUUCCCCAGGGCAUCUCUCCUGUCAGCCAGCACUGGGCCACCUGGGCCCUGUACAACCUGGUGUCUGUCUACCCUGACAAGUACUGCCCCCUGCUGAUCAAAGAAGGUGGGAUGCCCCUGCUGAGGGAUGUGAUUAAGAUGGCUGCUGCCCGGCAGGAGACCAAGGAGAUGGCCCGCAAGGUGAUUGAGCACUGCGGUAACUUUAGAGAGGAGAACAUGGACACGUCCAGAUAGAGGCCUCCACCCACGGCCACAGUGCUUGGACCAGAGGCCCAGAGGAAGCGCUGCAGGCCCAGUGGGCAGACCCCUUCCGGAGCCUCCCACAGGAUGAGACAGAGGGACUUUUGCACAACCGACGCUUUUCCUUAACAUUAGUGAGAUAUAUAUAUAUUAUAUAUAUAUAUUUUUUUUGGUUAGGAAGUGUGAAGUUUUGUGUGUAUGAUUUCUGUACAAAAGCAAAAGCAGUCUCCCGAGUCUUUGCCGCUCCCUUGGCCAUUCUCAGCCCACCUCCCAGCCUUCAAGGCCGCCACACUCGCUCCUGCCCCAGCCAGGCUUGCCUCUGACGCUGUGAGUGUCCAGUCCCUUCCCAUGAGCUCAGACCCUGGCCUGGCUUCUCUCUGUCCUGGUUGGAGCAGGCUCUUACCACACCCUCAACAUCUCCCACCCCCACCCCCCCCAAGCUCCACAUCUGGGCUCCCGGGUGAGGCUGAUGGGGUUUGGGGAUUGAGACUAACCCCACUGGGUCUCCCAGAAGCCUUGGUGCUCCGGGCUGUGGGCCAUCUGGGGCUAGAGACUGAGCCAUCCCAGGCCUUGAGCCCCUGCUCUAGAGAACCAUGGAAGUACAGGGCUCCAGUUGGCCCACUGCUCUCUGGCCGGGCCUGCCUGCGGCCAUGCUGCUAUGGAGGCUGCCUGAGUCUCCCUCAGGCCCCAGGCUGUUGAAGGCCCCAGCCCAGGGGUGGUCAGAGCUCAGGGGCAGUCCACUGCCCCUUCCGCCAAAUGCCCCCACCUACCCCCAGCCUUCCCCAACUUUCUGGGCAGGGUCUUGCUCUGUAGUCCUCAUCAGGCCACACCCAGGUGCACAGGCACUCCCACCAGCAGAACUGAGCCCACCCCGCUACCCAGAAGUCGCCAUAGCUGCCUCCCUCCGAAGGCAGGAGAUCCCUAGACAGUCACAGUGGCAGUGGGCUGCACCUCUAGACCAGCACUUGGACAGCCCUCUGCUCCUCCAGCACACUCAGGCUGUCCCCCGGACGCUGCUGCACUGUGUCACAGGCACUGUGACAGCAGCUGUCUCCAGACAUCUCGACCCUUGCUGCACCUUUCACUGCUUUUCAUGGGACAUGGGGCUGCUGAGGAGGCCAGUGCCAAGAAGCAGGCCUGGGAAGCAGAGCUGACCCUAGAGACAGCCUUCCGUGUGGCUUUUUACUCCCUCGUCCCUCCCCGGGCCUGUUUUUGGAUUUUCCUGGCAUGUCCAUCUCCAUGCAGAAGGGGCAACCGGCCUCACUUGAGGAACCUGUCCCCCUGGCCAGAGGGCUUAGCUAUGUGCUUUCCCAUGCCAUGCAGCAGAGGGGCAACCUCAGCCCAGCCCCUCCCUACCAUCCCAGGCCUUUCGGCCCAGCCAGACCCUGAGCAGAGUUCACACCCCAUUGCUUUACUACCUGGGGCCUGGGGAAAUGUCUGUACUUUGGGAUGUCACAGAAAUACAUUUUUGUGCAAAGUGCA